CUCGCACUGUGGAGAAAUUGCUUGUAGAUAUCGAAGGUGCUGUAGAGUUGCUCAAGCUUGAAAGCCUGGCAGCCGCGCAAGAGGGCGAAUCAAGGGCCACCGAGCAACAUGACCCCACUUCGACAGCAAUUAGUGUCGAGACUGAUGCUCGGCACGCUUGCCGGAAGAACUCCACUCACACAGAUGUCGUCGCGCUUGGCCAAAUGACCCACAAAGUUGUAGGGAUUGUUCACGUAAACAAAAAGGAUGAACUAUCUUCCCAAAAGCACGAAGCGUUCGGUACCAAAAAGCUGUACGAGUACUUCGAUUCUAAAAAGAUCUCCGUGCUAGAUCACGCACACGACCGCAACACCACAGUCAAUAAAAUAAUCAGAGAAAAAAACGGGCCAUCCAACUCCAACGACCGCUGGCACGCUGCGAAGAGCCUCAAGAAAGGAUUUCUUGCAAUUUCAUCUGGACCGAAGAGGAACGAGGGCAAGACAUGGCACGUGGAGCUGUCCGACAAGUGCCAAGCGGUCCGUAACCACGCGUACUAUGCUAUGGCCGCUUGUGAGGGGAAUCCAACCAAGCUAAGAGAUAUUUUCAUAAACUGCGUAAACCAUUUUGAAGGUAAACACGAGAAAUGCAGCGAGGAAUCAAUUUGCAAAGAAAAUGGACAUGUCCCGACAACGCUGCUCGUGAAAGACCCGCUAGCGUCGGAACUUCUAACAAAAUUUCUGAAAUCAACAACCAUCUACAAGAACGCGGAAGAUUACGUAAAGUCGAAGGAUACAUUCUAUGUAGAGUCAUUCAAUAAUACUAUGCUAAUUUACCUCCAGAAGAGGAUUCAUUACCAGGACAGAAGCUACAAACUGAGGCAGAGCUUGGCACUCCUAGACUGGAAUGAGCAUGUUGGGCGAGGCUACACUUCACGUUACUCUAUUGAGGACUGUCGUCAUCCAGACCGGCAAGGCGGGAAAAGGAAGUACUUCAGGAAGACAUACAGCUUCGUUCAAAAGAUUCGGGAGUUGGUGCUUCGGUCUGCUGCCCUGGGAGAUGCCAGCACGGUGAAUGACGACUCCCUUGUGAAUGACGAGAGUGUAUAG